UCCAGUCCUGAGCCCUGCCGUCCAGGGGCCUGGAAGCUUGGACAGUGACAGCAGCCGCCUGUUGGGGUCUGGGCUUCUUCCUCAUCACGUCUGUCCAGUUGCCCUAGUGACUGUGUGACAACUCCACCCCUCCUCCCUCUGCUGCCGCCCGCACCGCCAUAUAAAUAGAGGCUAGGAGCAGCUGGGUUCUCUUGGCAGUCACCAUGAGGGCACUGCUCCUGCUCUGCUGCUUCCUGGCCUCGCUCCUGCUCUCAGGACAAGCAGAACUGCAAGUCCCUGCUUCGGGUGGCACAGAAGAUGUUGGCAAUUUGUUGGAGAAUCAUUUCUCUGCUGGAAACGCAAGUCUAGAGGAGAAAGAAAGGGCACUUUAUGCAGAUGCGGCCCUUCAAGACAAGAAUCUGUUCCUUCACUACCCAGACAGCAGGGAGGCUGAAAGCUCAGAGCAGAACACCGCCGGGGCCCCUCCCGCUGCCACCAGCCCGGGCUCCGAGUCUGAAGCCAGCCUCUCCAGUGCCUCAGCUGCAGAAUCAGCUCCAACUGGGGAUGUUACAGGGCCCGGGAAGGAAGAGGAGGGCCUGUCAGGAGCAGGCGUCUUUCCUCUGGGAGAGGAUAAGGGGCCUAUGGAAGAGGAGAGGCUAAAGCUCAGUUCAGUAGGAGAGGAGGAGGAGGUUGGGCUGGGGCUCCCCACAGCAGGAGCUGUCAGUGGGAAGACAGAAGGACAGGUGGGGAGUGGCGAGGUUCCCCAAGAAGCUGAGGAAGUCCUAGGCCACAGUCUCAUGCAGGAAGAAGCAGCAGGGACAGCAGAGCCUGAAGUCAAGGGGGCCUUUUCCAGUUUAGAGGGUGAAGAGUUCCACACCCUAGAGGCAGAAAGUGAGGGGAGCCCAGGGUCUGAUCAUCAGCACACAGAGCAGGAUGGGGAUGCAGUGUCUGCAGAGGAGGCUGAGGACCAGUUCACACCCCAGGUCCAUGGCUCGGAGGCAGAAGGCAAGAGCGGCCAUGGGCCUGAUCACCAGCCUGCAGAGCUAGAUCGAGAUGCCACAUCUAUGGGAGAAGCAUCGGAGGCUGACAUGGGCACAGAAAGUGGGCAAGGAGCUGAAGACCAGCCCCAGCCCCAGCCCCAGCCUCAGGCCCAUGCCCAUGCCCCGGAAACAGAAGGCGAGGGCAGCCCAAGGCCUGAUCCCCAGCCCACGGAGCUGGAUGGAGCCCUUGACACUGCAGUUGUGGGAGUAGAGUUGGAAUCUGCUAUGGACACAGAAGCCAGGGAAGGGGCUGAGGACCAGGGGGAGGCAAGCCCCAUCAAGGAGACUGGCCCAGCCACAGAGGUCAGUGAAGAAUCGGAGGGUUCCCAGAGCUCCAGGCCUGGGGAGACUGAGGAGGACCACCCUGCUAAGGCCCAGAUGCCAGGGAUGCCUGUGGAGGGCCCUGAUGAGGCCUCCUCUGAAGAAGCAGGUGGUGAAGAAGGUGCAAGUGAGGAGGAAGGAGUAGUUCCAUCCCAAGAAGAGUCCGAAGAAGACAGCGGUGACGAGCCUAGCUCAGAAGAAGGGGAUGACUCUGAGGAGGCUGGGGAGCCUCAAGGAGCAACAGGAACCACAGGCCAUGAGGAGAAAGGACCUCAGCUCAGCACAGAGGAAUUGAAUACAGAGUCUGAGGGUGGCGAGACCCAGAGUCCUGAGGCAGAGGAGCCGGAAGAGGGACAUCAGGGGAGGGGGAAUCCCGUAAUUGCUCCACAGGAAGAGACAGAGGAUGUGAGUGAAGAAGCCCCGAUGAGGGACCGCUCCCACAUUGAGAAGACCUUGAUGCUCGGUGAGGACAAGCCAGCUGAUGAUUUUUCAGCGGUGUUGCAGCGGCUUCGAAAGAUCUACCACACAUCCAUCAAGCCCCUGGAGCAGUCUUACAAAUACAAUGAGCUCCGACAGCAUGAGAUCACAGAUGGGGAAAUUACUUCUAAGCCAAUGGUGCUGUUCCUUGGACCAUGGAGUGUCGGUAAAUCCACCAUGAUAAACUACCUCCUUGGGUUGGAAAACACUCGCUACCAGCUCUAUACAGGUGCUGAGCCCACCACCUCUGAGUUCACAGUCCUUAUGCACGGCCCUAAGCUGAAAACCAUUGAGGGUAUUGUCAUGGCUGCUGACAGUGCCAGGUCCUUCUCACCCCUGGAGAAGUUUGGCCAGAAUUUCCUAGAGAAGCUCAUUGGCAUUGAAGUUCCCCACAAGCUUCUGGAGCGGGUCACUUUUGUGGAUACACCUGGUAUCAUCGAGAACCGCAAGCAGCAAGAAAGAGGCUACCCCUUCAACGAUGUGUGCCAGUGGUUCAUCGACAGAGCUGACCUCAUCUUUGUUGUCUUUGACCCUACCAAGCUGGAUGUGGGUCUGGAGCUGGAGAUGCUCUUCCGCCAGCUGAAGGGACGUGAGUCCCAGAUAAGGAUCAUCCUAAACAAGGCCGACAACCUGGCCACACAAAUGCUCAUGCGUGUGUAUGGAGCCCUCUUCUGGAGCUUGGCCCCUCUCAUCAAUGUCACAGAGCCCCCAAGGGUUUACGUCAGUUCCUUCUGGCCACAAGAGUAUAAGCCUGACACCCACCGGGACCUGUUCCUCAAGGAAGAGAUCUCUCUCCUGGAAGACCUAAAUCAGGUGAUCGAGAACAGACUGGAGAAUAAGAUUGCCUUCAUCCGCCAGCAUGCCAUCCGGGUCCGCAUUCAUGCCCUGUUGGUUGAUCGCUAUCUGCAGACUUACAAAGACAAAAUGACCUUCUUUAGUGAUGGUGAACUAGUCUUUAAGGACAUUGUGGAAGAUCCUGAUAAAUUCUACAUCUUCAAGACCAUUCUGGCAAAGACCAAUGUCAGCAAGUUUGACCUUCCCAACCGUGAGGCUUACAAGGACUUCUUUGGCAUCAACCCCAUUUCCAAUUUCAAACUCCUCUCUCAGCAGUGCUCCUACAUGGGAGGGUGCUUUCUGGAGAAGAUCGAGCGGGCCAUCACCCAGGAGCUCCCCAGCCUCCUGGGUAGCCUUGGGCUUGGGAAGAAUCCAGGUGCUCUCAACUGUGACAAAACAGGGUGUGGUGAAACCCCAAAGAAUCGCUACAGGAAGCACUAGAUUGUGUGUAGCCAUUCUUGGGUCCCCAUUGGUGAAUGAGCUUGUGUCCUAACUGUCUGAGAAGUCCUGGUUUAACCCUUUGAGCCACACUGGUGAAAUCAGUAAGCGUUGGAGAUUUGGCAGUUUGUUGAGGCUGGUAGUGGGGUAAGGUGCAUGGGUCUAGGGAGGAGAGUGGAAACUGUGAAUCACAAUUUGCUUGUCUUGUUGCUGCAGUUAGGGAACCUGACUGAGAUGAAUCAGGCUCCACUUGCUUUUCCUGGGUCCUGUCUUAGAAGGACAGAGAGCAGCUAAAUUCUAGUGUAUACUAAAUCAAUGAGGGUCAAAUAAGCUAAAUGCGGCUGAAAUUCCUUUUUCCGCUGUAUGCUGGAUGGAUAAUGAGGUGUAUAGAGUUGUCAGGUCUGUUCUGGCUACUUCCAUCCAGUCUUCUGUUUGUUCUCCAUCCUUUCUUUUUUCCCUCCCAGGCUUGGGUUGACUUUCAACAAUGGGAAAUCUCUUGGGUCUGAAUCUACCUGGGCUUUGAGCCUGUCCCAGGGUCCUCUUCCCUAUUUCUUCAGGGGUUGGGGCAGUGGGUAGGGUACCAGAACACUAAGAGAGAACCAGAGUUCCCAGGUUAGGAUGAAGAUCUGUCUCCUUCAGUGCCAUUUCUUUGAUGUCUCACCUAAGGGAGCUCAGAGCCUUCCUUGGCCCAAUGAGAGGGGACUGUAUUCAGGUGAUUCCCCUCUUGGAAAUGACAUAAAUGAAGGUACUGAAAGGGCUCAGGGGGUUAAUUGGUUUGCAGUGUGUCUUUGUCUAUUGCAUGUCUUGGAAAACUCAGAUCCCAAAGGCACUGGGUUUCAGAGUGGUCAAUGGAGACCCUGAUUCUUAUCCUUAGGGACUUCUCUGGGCAGCCAGCCUCUCCCAGAUUUAGGAGGAGGUUGUUUCCACAAGUGCUCCAUGGGAGCACUUGGCAGAGGAGCUGUUCCUUCUGGUUCCUGUUACUAUGGCUUUUCCUUUCCUUUCUUCUCCAUUCCCUGAUGCACCAACACUUAAAACUAGGAGAACUUUCCUAGAAUCAGAACUAAUACCAGCCACUCAGCACUGGUGACAACCAAGCCUUAAAGUUCAGCUUCACCUGCACCUGUCGUGGGUAGUCACUGAACGCACCAUAGGAUGUCAUAGCCGCAAACAACAGUGUGUGUGAAUUGUGGGUAUGUUUCCCAGGAGAGAUUAGGGAGGUGAUAUACCCAAAGGCAUGGAAAGAGCAUUCAUCUCGAGAAUCCUGCAAGGCUGCGGGCACUGUAGGAGUGCACACACCAGCCCAGGGCUGCCUCCAUGGGCUCCUUUCAGUACAGCCAGUGUCCCCUCUAGGGGGAUAAACUUUCCUGGGGGCCUUAGUCACCAGGCAUGGGUUGGAUCCAGCAGCACCAGGAAGUCAUCUGUACCAGAAGGAAGGUGAACAGGAAGGCUGAGCAAGAGUCUUCCAAAGACUGGGCAGUGUGAGUGGAUUGGUGAUCAGAUGGGAUCCUUGCAGAGAACUGCAGUUUAGGAGUUCAUGUUUCUCAGAAUUUUUAGCCAUCCAGCCCCUGCUGCAAGAGGCUUUGUGAAUGGCCUUCCAUAAAACCUCCCCUGACCAGAACCUCCCACAAGAGAACCAAAGCCUCCAAAACCACCAAGUUAUUCCUUCCAAGGAGCAAGUCAACUGGAAAAUAAAAGCAAGUUCCAUAAGGGGUGUCCACAGAACCUGGUAGCUGGGGCAGAGAAGCCACCACAAUCUGACUUGGACUUUUUUCCCCAUUAAAACAAGUAGCCAACCCGCUUGCCUCAUUUCUCUAUUACUUUGCCCUCUUGGGGGACCGUCCCUUUUUCCUUUGAGCUCCUCAUGCCCAUCUGCUGCUUUUGGUGUACCUGUUUUUUCUCAGUGCAGUCAGGGAAAUAAAAAAUGCAGAACUGCAUGGGCCUUGUCAUAGCUGUCAGUGUCACCAUUGCUUUGGGGAAAUGGGUGGAACAAGUCUAAUAAACUCAUGAAAUAUUGUACUUUGGGGGGCUCUACCUUCUCAGUAUUUCCCCUCUCUGGAUUUUUCUUUCCUGUCUUCCUUUUCUUGUUCCUCUCUCACUCUCCAUUCCGUUCCUCUUCUCAUGCUUUGUUUUGACCUUCCUCUAUUGCCCACAGGCCUGUUAAUCACUCAGCACAAGUUCUAAGUGCCUGUUCUUUGCUGAGGUUUGUGGAGAUAGAUUACAAGGAGGGUUCUUUUUAGGAAUAGGGGCUGGGAGUUGUGGGAAACUUAGGAUACGGAGAUUCCCCGAAGUGGGUAUCUGUAUUUGUGCCAGAACAGUGGCUGACCCUUUCCAGUGUUCUUUUGAUUCUGAUUUCAUCAGGGAGAAUGUCUCAAUAAAGCUCCAAUCUUUCUUUAACAUUUGUCCUCCCUGAUUGUCUCCAGCAAAGGGGAAUCUCUUAUCUUCUGUUGUAUCUAGUACAGUGUGCUCAUUUUCACAUUUCUUGGAGAUAGGCUGGACAUUUAUAAAUUGCUUGCCCUUGUUUUGGAUGCUUUUGGUACCUUAUUUUGGUAACUUCUUCCAGCCUCUAGCCUUCCUGGUGUUGAACAUGGUUUAACUCCCCAGCUGACCAUAAGCCAAGAUCUACAGUUGUGAAAUGUGAAACCUAACUGACUACUGUCUCCUCAGCACCUCAAAUCAUCAUCCUCUCUGACAUUCAGGGAAACAACCCUUUGAACAGGGCCACUGGAAAUUUAUUCCUCAUAGAGGUGGCUCGGGUAGUGACACCAUUGGGUCCACUCUCUACACCAUGCAAUGGCCUCAUGAUCCCCACAGCCCUGGUGGAAGAGCCCUCAGCUCUGCCGAAAUGGUGAGGAUGGGUGCCUCCCUCAGCUGCUCCACAAAAUGACUGCCCCUGCCUCCUGUCUGCACGUCUUUAGAGAAACCUGAAAGCACUCUUGAUUCCCUGGGCCAGCACCUUUCCACCAGGUUUUACUGUUUCUGGUAUUCCGGUUAGAACAGGGCUCCUUUAAUUCUAAAUUUUUCCCUCCAGGAUAUGCCAAGAGGUUUUACACUCUUGCUUGAAAACUGGGAAUGAAAGGGAAAGAACUGAGCCCUGCUCAGGAGGUGGGAGGUUAGAGAUAGCCAAAAUAGAAAACCAGGGCCUAGAAACCCAGGCUACCACCCAUGCAGUAGCCAGAGAGGAUGCCAGAUUUCAUGGCUAUGGUUGACAUCUGUGGGUUUUUUCAAUUUGGGAAGAGCUGAUUUUAGGGUUGGGUGUGUGGGCUCAUGUUCUCCUUUGCUGGUGUCCUGAUCAGGGUGAUUUUGCAACCUACAGACCUCGGGCAACUGAGCAACCUGAUCUAUUAAGGCUAUUUCUCACCGAUUCCAUCUUGAUCCCUUUUCUUACCUAUUCUGGGAGAAACACACAGCUUUUCCCUGGAAGACAGAAGGCAGGCAAGCAAGGUCAGAUCCUGCUUCAAAAUUGUGCUAUUUCAUAAGCUUCAUACCCCAUCACCUUUAGGUUAAGCCUAUCAUUAUAGGAAUAAAGAAACAAAUAGAAAAAUGGGAAAGCAAAACCUGAGAGCAUUCCGAACAUAGCAAGGUCAUGUUAGGAAUAUGAAUGAAAAAUGUCUUUAAGGGUAUGUGUAUAUGUAAGUUGAGCAUUAUAUAUAGUGAGGGAUGUGCAAAAACAUUACAGUGCAGGAAGUCUAUGUGUGUGGGGAAAUAGAUGUGGGUGAGAUUUUGUGGCUAAAUGAUGCUCAAGCACCCAGAACAGUGCCUGACACAUAAGAUUCUUCAUCUGUGUUGCUGGAAUGGAUGAAUGGGCUCUUGAGAGGUAAAUAUUGUGGCUGUGUGUUUUGUGUUGUGUGCAAAUGGCCCCUGACACAGACAUAUGUCUGGGGUGGGUAAAUGAAGGAGUAAUUGCACUGAGUAUAUGAGAGCAGAUCACAGAUUAAGCGAGUGUGUACAUGGGCAGAUGUGUGUUGGGGGUAGAUCUUGGAUGUCCAACACGGGAAUCAGUCACGGGAGGACAAGCUGCUAGACUCUGGUUUGGCAAAUGUGUUUUAUUCCAGAUAACUGAAGUGAAAGGGCCUUAGCAAAUGCACAAAUACUGGUAGCAUUUCAUGCGAAUUCCACCUUCUGUGACAUUGAUGUGAGGCUCAAGUUUUUUCCAGCCCAAGGAAAACUUAUUUCUUCUCAGAAGGCCAUAAAGGCAAUAAGGAAGAGACAUUAGUGUCUCAGUCACUUUUCUUGUUACUGGGACCUAAAACUCAGCACCCACAAUUUAAAGGAGAGAUUUAUUUGGGCUCACGGUUUUAGAGGUUUCAGUUCGCAGCUGGCUGGUGCCAUGGCAGAAGUAGCCUGGUGGAAGAGUGUGCAGUGCAGGAAGGCUGCUUCCAUCAUGGUGGCCAAGAAGCAGAGCUGGAAGCACAGUUCCCGUUCACACCCUAGUGACCAACCUCUGCCAAACAGACCCCAGCUCCUAACCGCAAGUCAGGGGAGCUAUUGUGUAGCCAUAAUCCAAUCAUCUUCCAAACACGUGGGCUAUUUAAGACUUAAACCAUACCAAUUAGAAAAAUAAAAUAGAAUAAAAACAUGAAGUCUGUAGGAAA